CUCUCUCUCUCUCUCUCUCUCUCUCUAAUUUUCUGAUCUUUAAACACAGAAAAUUACAUCAAAAAUGGCUAUAGAGAAUAGAGAAAAAUCGGAGAUUGGGUCGGGUUAUUUCGCGGCGAAGCCGCCGAAAGAUUGGACCCUUUUCAUGCUUAGAAUCUCAUCGUUUUUGGCCACGGUCUCUGCAACCAUUGUAAUGGCAUCCAACAAAGAAACCAAAACUCUGGUGGUUGCCACCGUUGGGAGCAACCCCAUUACAGCCACUCUUACUGCCAAGUUUCAACAAAAUCCAGCAUUCGUGUUCUUUGUGAUAGCCAAUGGACUAGCGAGCCUGCAUAACUUGUUAAUGAUAGCGGCUGAAUUUUUCAGACACAAGCUCAACGAUAAAGGACUCUUCCUCGUCGUGAUUCCCAUUUUAGACAUGUUGAACGUGGCUUUAGCAUCCGCCGGAGAUGGCGCGGCGGCAUUCAUGGCCGAGCUAGGGAAGAAUGGCAAUUCACAUGCAAGGUGGAACAAAAUCUGCGACAAAUUCGGUACAUAUUGUGAACAUGGUGGAGGUGCCCUCAUUGCAUCCUUCAUUGGCCUUGGUCUCUUGCUCGUCGUUACAGUAUUAUCCAUAAUCAAACUGGUCACCAAACCAAAGCCGGCCAAUAAUACCAAUAAUCAUGAUUUUACACGUCCCUAAUUUUAUGUGCACUGUAAAAUAUAUCGUACCAUUAGUUGUGCGAUCCUUCUUAUUUUGCCAUGUAAUUAAGUAGCUCUCAGUGUGCAUUUGUACCGCGUUUUUAUCGACAUCUUGUGUGUACUGUUUUUCUAGCGAGUGCUUCAAUUGUCAUGCUAUUUU